AGCUCGCAUGGAGUCCGCAAGCUCAGUUGAAACCCACCACAUAGUGAAGUGUGUCGCUUUAGCGACCCCAACAAUCACCAUUGAUAUUAUCAGUUUUCAGUGCCUUUUUAACUGGUGACUCAUCACGUAAAUGUUCAUAGACUUUAUGAAAAAUGGUGAUUGUAGCGAACGAACCGUACGCAGAAACCGAACCAAUGCUGAAGACGGUCUCUUCCGAGGAAACCCCCGAAACGAAAUUUAGACGAAACUCCUAUGCCGAAGCUUACAAAAACAUCACCAGUUCGAUGAAAGCGGACCAACUGCAGAUCGAGGACCCCAAUCUCGCCUGCAAGCUGCUGUCCACAGCAGUCAACCUGAAGAACAUGCCUCUGGCGAAGCAGUGCAUCGAGAUCCUGGACCGGAAGCUCGACCGCAGCAACGUCCUCUCCAUAUUCUCGCACUUGUCCCAGUGCAAGAUGCCGAGCUCGAAUCCGAACGACUUCGAGCCGUCGGCGCCCCCCAUCGUGGAGAACGAGAAUCUGAGAGACAAAGACUGGGUGCAAGAACUGACGGAUAAUCUGCGACACAACUGCCUACUAGAAAUCGACAAGAACGCCGACUAUGUGAUGAAGCAGAACGAAGUCCUGGACUUGUCCUACAAUGACCUGCUGGCCAUCAUCACCAGAGACACGCUGGAGGUGCGCAACGAGGGCCUGGUGUACGCCACGGUGCUCAAGUGGGCCACCAAGGAGUGCCACAGGCGGACGCUGCAGCCCCACAUGGUCAACAUCAAGGCCGUGGUGCGCGAGCUGCGCUACGCCCCCAGGUACGGUCUCAUGAGCAGGAAGGAGUUCUGCAGCCGGACAAUUUACGGGGAGAAAGGGCCUACGAGGAGCGACAUCCUGGAGGAGAAGGAGUGGCGCAAAAUUCAGUUUUACAUCAAGGAGAAGAGCAAGAGUCGGCCGGUGGAGGAGUUGCCUCAUAAAAUGUCCCAGCCGCGAGUCAUCGGGACGGAAAAACCGAAACUUUUGAGUUCCCAGAGCAGUAUUAGGGCGAUGGAUUGUCCACGGAAGAAGAACACUCGGUGCAGUAGUAGCACAACUUGCGACAGGUUUCUUUUGAACUUUUUGACUUGUUGGUCUGCCAUUUUCGACUAAAGUACUAUUUUGUAAUCUACGGAUUUUUCCGAAAUAGCACUAGCCAUGUCUUGUGAUUACCACGUAUUUAAUGAUAAUUAAACGACGGAAGGACUAUCGAAAUAUUUAGAUAUGAUAUUCAUGUGAUUCUUCUUUUA